CUCUUGUUUCUUUCCCACCCACCACACAUCACGCUCUACUUCUUUAAUCUUUAAUCAUUAAGAUAGAUUAGAAUAUUAAACAGCAAAAAGAGAAGUUCCCACCAAGACUCUUUUUUUUCUUCAUUUUUGCCCCAAAUCCUCGUUCCAGAUCUUCAUCAAAGCUCCCAUCUUUGAAAUCUCUGCUCAGCUCCGCCGUUGUUUUCUGUUGUCCAUAGAAACUGUUUGUGCAUUGUGCCUUCCAAGUUCUGGGAUCUGAUGGAGUCGAACUCGGGUUACUGCUGAAGGAUUUUAAGGAUUCCAGGCUGACAUUUUUUCCUGGUGUCGAGCACGAUGAACGCUAAUGAAGUCUUGGAUUACAUUGAAUUUCGGAUUUACCCUAGCGAAAAUAGGUAUGAAGCUUGCAUAAGCUGUCACAAUGAGAUAGAAACGGCAAGUUCGGGGCUUCUAGAGCAACUUGCACUGCAUUCUUCAAUAGCCAAAGCUUUGAGCUUGAAAGGAUCAGAAUCCUAUUUUAAGCUCGAACCACCAGACAAUCUUAGCGAGGCUACAUGGUUUUCAAAAAUCACAUUAAUUAGGUGUCUUAAUAUUAUUAAUUCAAUGGAUAUACUGGAGAAGUUCAAAGAAAUGGAGAAGGAGAUAUCUCAGCUUGAAGAAGCACGAAAGUUUCAUGCUUCUUUAUAUGCAAAGGCUGAUGAUAAUUAUUAUACACCGGAUUCUUCCAAGAAUGAGUUGCUGCGGGCAAUAGAUUUACGGCUCACAACGUUAAGAGGCGAGUUGGCUGAUGCUUUUGACCUAGCUGUUGGCACCACUUGUUCUUGUGAGGAUAUUAUUGGAGUUGAAAAAUUUAGUGAUCAUUUUGGAGCCGAUGACUUGAGGAACACCUUACAAAAGUUGGUUAUAUGGAGAGGGGAGAACAAAAGCACAGACACAGCAAAUAAAAAACAAUCUGUCACAGAACAGGAUUCAGAGACAAACCAACCUGUUUCAUCAGAUCCACCAGUAAGAUAUGGUGCUUCGCCAGCUAAAGCUGCACGAGCCGAGAGAGGAAUCUCAUCAGAAUCUGAGGAUUCUUCUUCUUGCGCAGCUGAAGAGCGGAGUCGGCCUCUUGCACGACCAUCUUCGCCGAGACGGUCUGCCUCUCCCAUGAGAAGAGUUCAGAUAGGACGCAGUGGGACCCGGCGACCUGCCGCUUUAACCAUCAAGAACCUAAGCAGCCACUUACCCAUCAGAGAGAAGCGAGCAAGUAGAAAAGAUGAGAGCAGCAGUGGUGGGGAGGAAGAAGAUUCUGAAAAAGCAUUCAAAAGAUCCGAGCGAAUGAUGAGCGUGCAAGAUGCAAUAAAUCUUUUUGAAAGGAAACAGAGGGAUCAUCACCACCAGAGCACUGUUGAUGUGAAGAAGGCUGUUUCUGUUGUUGCAAAUAAAACUGUUCUGAGGAGAUGGAGCUCUGGAAUGUGUGGUGAGAGCUCAAAAGAUCCUGCUUCAAUGGCUGCCAACAGCCUGGAAACUGAAAAAACAAAUCUUGAUUCUGAUUCUGGUGUGGGAUCCAAUGCAUGUGAAGAAAAAGAGUCCGCUGUGGAAGAAGAGCAGCAGGGUGAUGGUGUCCAUACAGAGAGCAGAAGAUUGACAUCAUCUGCUGAGUGGAACCGCCAAAAGGAAGCCGAGCUUGAUCAGUUGCUGAGUAAAAUGAGGGAAACAAAACCAGCAAAACAUGAAAAUGUUGAACCCAAUGAUGUAAAAGACCAAACUGCCAUUGAACAUCAGAAGGGCGGUUUGUAUAAAGAGAAAAGGAAUGAUCAUGAUGAUAAACUUAGAGGAACUGUUAGAAGCAAGGAAAAGCAACAAGUUAGGGGUAAACCUGACUUGGCAACAGGAAAGGUAAAAACUGUUAGUAAAAAACCCAUAAAGAAAAGCAAAACACUGCCUAUGGAAUCUGGAAAUUCCAAAAGUGAAACCCCUAGACCUGCCGACUUGAAGAAAGUUUCAACAAAGGUACAGUCCUUGCCUGCCACGCGCAAGUCGUGGCCAUCUGCACCGUCUCCAAGAGCUAAAACUCCACCUCCUUUAAUGGCAUCAACCUCUCCUGCUACUGCUCGCAGACGAUCACACCCCAAUACACUGCCAGUUCAUCAGAGAGGCAAGGGACCCACACCGCCAGCAAAGUCUGCUGAAAACAGUGCAAGAAAUGCUAGUGGUGACAAGAAUCAGCCUGCAGUGACCAAACCCGCAAAAACCAAAGUGGCCAAACCUGCUAAGACCAAAGCUCAACCAGUCAGUGCAAAUCUUGAUUCCCCAGCAAAAUCUAAACUUUAUAACAGCAAGGUAUCCAAGAAAAGCAGUGUGGUACCUCUUGAGUCAAAGGAGACCCCAAAAGAACCAAAGACUUUUCUCCGUAAGGGCUCUGGGCCAGGAUCUGGUGUGAGUCCUGUCACGAAAAAGAAAGUGUCUCCACCAGAGCAGUCUUUGAGGGACUCUGUUGAUUUGGUUAAAGAUCCUAUUUUAACUGGACCCAUCGAUCAACAUUGUGAUGGGCUUCUUGAUCCACACACGGAGACUGAGACAAACAGCCCCUCAAAGUGUGAAGAAACAGAAAGUUCUGAUAUACUCCCCACGAAAGAUGAAAAUGAUUUUUGUGAAAACCAAAUAAAAAAUGAGGUUGAAGAAGAAGAGACCGACAUUCCCCCCACUGCCUGGGUGGAAGAAAUAGAGGAAAUCGAUACCGGAAACUCCUCUUCUGCUGAAGUGGGCCCUGUGAAAGCUGCUAGUCCAAGAGUACGCCAUUCUCUUUCUCAAAUGCUGAGGGAGGAAAGUAGCGAACCUGAGACUACUAUGGAGUGGGGAAAUGCCGAGAACCCGCCAACUGUGGUGUAUCAGAAGGAUGUGCCAAAAGGAUUCAAGAGACUACUUAAGUUUGCCAGAAAAAGCAAGACUGAUGUGAUAUUAAAUUCAUCAGGGGUUGCUGAAGGAGAGGAUGGCAAUGAGGAAUCUAGAGUAAGCUCUAGGAAGGGUUCUUCUGAUAAACCACUCAAGAAGACCGCAUUUCAUGGUCAUCAAAAUGCAGUAGGUCAUCAACGUCCUGUUGCUCAGAGUGUUUCUCAGCAAGUGGAGGAAGGUCGCGUUUCAGCUUCAGUAACAUCUGUGAAGUCAUCGAGAUCGUUUUUCUCUCUUUCAGCAUUCAAGGGAAGCAAGCGUGCUGAUUCUAAUCUUCGAUAAGACGUACCAUAAUUCCCUGACCCUAUCAUAUGUUCUCUCUCAGAAUCGAUUCGACGGCCAUGUCAAGUAAAUUUGUUGCACCAAAGAGGUGGGAGUACAUGCUGUAGCAAAUUAAGUAUCUUCAUAUGCACUCCAUGGGGUUCCUUUUUUUUUCUCUCAAUAACUUGAAGAUUAUUCAUAUCUUUAAUUAUUGUGUGUAAUGCACUAAUGCUCCAUAAUGGAAAUGCAUUUUUUGUAGGAUGAAAAAAAGUGUUGGAUUUGUAAUUUUAUGCAGACUGAGUCUUUUAUUUGUAGAUUGUACAAUAAUCAGUUUGCUAUUUG